GCUCUUUGAGCUUAGUGCCGGUGGGCGGGCGCCGGUCCCCCAAGCCUGCUAGUUCUGCUAGCCCGCCCUCCGCCCCUUCCCCCGCGGGUGUUCCCCAGGCUGGGUCCCACUCAGAACGAUUCCCCACCACACACGUGUGCUGCUCACUGCUGCUUCAUUUCUCCUCCCGCCCGAGGUCGGACCCUAAAUCCUGGACAGGCCCAGCGUCCACAUGUCCAUUUGUCUGUUUACCGGUUUGCGUGUGACUGUGGGUCGACGCGCCCUGCUCUGGCCACGGCAGGUGCAGGGUUAAGGCGGGGGGAGAUUUUCCCCAGUCGGGAGGGGGGACGAGGGGCGGACCCGGUCCAGCCCCGCCCCGCGCCGAGCCGAGCCGGAGCCCCGCCGAAGCCCCGCGGAGGCUGGCCUCAGCCCCAGCCAGAGCCGGCACGGAGCCGGAACGGCGGACCCCGCGUCCCGGCGGCGCCGGAGCCCCGGCCGGUGAAGGCAAGGUCCCUGGAUUGGUCAGACACUCCCUGUAGUCCUGAUAGAGUCAAGAUGAGGCCGCAUCAUGCCCCUCAGUGAGGCCUACAGCCUGAGCAGAUAGUAUGGCCUACCACUGGAGGUGAACACCAUGGCUACAGGAGGUGGCCGGGCCUUUGCUUGGCAGGUGUUCCCACCCAUGCCCACCUGCCGGGUGUAUGGCACAGUGGCAUACCAGGAUGGGCACCUGCUAGUGUUGGGGGGCUGUGGCCGGGCUGGACUGCCCCUGGACACUGCUGAGACACUGGACAUGGCCUCGCAUACAUGGCUCACACUGGCACCCCUGCCCACUGCCCGGGCUGGUGCGGCUGCUGUGGUGCUGGGCAAGCAGGUGCUAGUGGUGGGCGGUGUGGAUGAGGGCCAGAGCCCUGUAGCUGCUGUGGAGGCCUUCCUGGCUGAUGAGGGCCGCUGGGAGCGUCGGGCCACCCUCCCUCAGGCAGCCAUGGGGGUUGCAACUGUGGAGAGAGAUGGUAUGGUGUAUGCUCUGGGGGGAAUGGGUCCUGACACGGCCCCCCAGGCCCAAGUUCGGGUGUAUGAGCCCAGGCGGGACUGCUGGCUUUCACUACCCUCCAUGCCCACACCCUGCUACGGGGCUUCCACCUUCCUGCACGGGAACAAGAUCUAUGUCCUGGGGGGCCGCCAGGGAAAGCUCCCAGUGACUGCUUUUGAGGCUUUUGAUCUGGAGGCCUGUACCUGGACCCGGCACCCAAGCCUGCCCAGCCGCCGAGCCUUUGCCGGCUGUGCCAUGGCAGAAGGCAACGUCUUUAGCCUGGGUGGCCUGCAGCAGCCUGGGCCCCACAAUUUCUACUCCCGCCCACAUUUUGUCAACACUGUGGAGAUGUUCGACCUGGAACAUGGGUUCUGGACCAAGCUGCCCCGCAGCCUGCGCAUGAGGGAUAAGAGGGCCGACUUUGUGGUUGGCUCCCUUGGGGGCCACAUCAUGGCCAUUGGGGGCCUUGGAAACCAGCCAUGCCCUCUGGGCUCCGUGGAGGGCUUCAGCCUUGCACGGCGGCGCUGGGAGGCCCUGCCUGCCAUGCCCACAGCCCGCUGCUCCUGUUCUAGUCUGCAGGCUGGGCCCCGGCUGUUUGUCAUUGGGGGUGUGGCCCAGGGUCCUAGCCAAGCUGUGGAGGCAUUGUGUCUGCGUGAUGGGGUCUGAAUGCCUGAUGGGACAGGUCCACUGGAGCAGCACAGUGCCAGAGACAAAUGUCUGUGGCUCCUUUUGCUGCUGAAGAAGCUCACUGUGGCUCUGUGGGAUGAGGGAGGCACAGGGGCAGGCAAUUGAGAUGAAUGUCUCAAAGGGUGGGGGGGGCUUUGUCUUUAGUGCAGGACAUAUAUGCUUAUACUCACUUUUAUCCCCAUUCAUUCAUGGACCACGCCUAGCUCCACACUUGCUCUGGAACUACUGGGCCCUCUGUCUAAUUGGGAAGUGGGAGGCUGGGAGAGCUGGCCUCAUGUCCCACAGGAUUAGUGCCUACCUAGAGUUGACCAGUCUCACCCCAAUGGCUGUUCCUGAAAAAUCCUAGCUGCCAGCCUGCCUUGAAGGCCUCUGUGGCCCCAGGAGGGUUCAGAGAGGGCAGGGGACACAGAGGGGAUGGAGGAGUGGAUACAGGAACCUUUAGAGGACCGGAAGAAUAUAGGCUUUGGGCCCUUUACACUGUUGACUGUGUGAUCUUGAGCAAGUCAUUUCACCUCUCUGUGCCUCAGCAUCCUCAUCCGUAAAUGGGGAUCUCUGAAACCUUCCUGCCCUACCUACCUCACAGGGCUGUUGUGAGGACCCAGGAAGUUCAGACAUGAAAGUAAAAGUGCUGCUAAAAUCUGG